GCUUUCCUUCCUUCCAUCUUCCGUCUCACCGCCUACACAAUGGCGACCCACUCUGAGACGCAUCCAUCUGCAUCUUCUUCUUCUUUCUUUGCACCUUACUCGCGUUCCAAUCCGAUUGACCUCACGCUGGAUGAUGAUCCUCAAGCACGGCCGAGGCACACGAAACGGCAACGCAUGGACUUUGAUUUAGACAGCAAUCCGUCUUCCACUGCGUCUUCUCCUUCUAUUAGAUCGCCUUCGCCUUCGGUGUCUUCAAAGCCUGUGCUUUCGCGGUAUCCAGCCGCUCUCCACGUGCAGUCCACCCGCCCCGACUACUUGUCGCACAUCGUUCAACCUCAGGGCGCAUAUAGACCACACUUUUCUGGUCCCUCAGACUCGUCAGCAUUCUUCCCGAACCGGAAUAUACAAACAAGCAAUGUACGGACCCCGUCUUUGUCCGGGUUAAACCUCAGUAAUGGUGCGCAAUCACUUCAACACCAGCAGAUGCAACGUCAACAAUCUUCCAAUCAAGUCAUUGAUCUUACCUCCUCUCCUUCUCCGCCUCCCUCAAAUCCUUCCGCGCCACAUAUCCCCCAGGACUCACAUGGACCAGUUCAUGCUCAUGGCAUGCUUAAUCUGCCGCCGAAGACUCCUGUCUGUAUAGGACAGCUGACUGUUACGGCGCUUGUUCUUUAUCCUAUCUCUUAUUUGCAACAUCAGAUCCCCUACUCGGAGGGCAUACCAUGCGCUGAUUGGGCAUCAGUGCGCCUUCAGCAUGAUCCAAUGGCUAAGCAGCGUAGUCCUAAUGGCGAAGAGACCAUCCAUAUCAAGACACCACCUACUAGGAUUCCUACUGGUGAGGUCCUGCCUGGCGAAAAUUUCGGUGUCGUCGAACAGAAGGUAGCCACAGCGCUGGGGCCUAUGUUGGGAAAGGGAUUAAUUAGAAUAGAUGCGAAAGUCAGAAGGGGUGUUCCAAAUCUUCCUAUUUUACCAUUACAGAUGCUAAUCCAUACCCCGAAUGGCAACAUCCCUAUCGUUGCGCGCUAUCUGCAGCAAUCGGGCCUCCUUCUUGACCAUCCUACCGACGUUUGGGACCAGACUCGUCUAGAAGCACUGCAUUAUUUGAAUCCGCAUAAUCCUCCUCCUGGGGGUCACGCGCGUACCUUCAACAUCGGAUCAUCAAGGAUAGGGCAAGCAGGGUUAGGGGGAGGCGGAUGGAGUAGUCCGGCUGUUUCAGGUAAGAGCGUAGAAGUGCAAAGGAGUCAGGUGGACGAAGUGUUUAAAAACAUGAGGAGUGAAGACGAGUUGGAAGAAACCGAACCUGGCUCGGAUAUUGCUACUAAACUGUAUCCCCAUCAGAAGAAAGCAUUGACGUUUCUCCUUGAACGCGAACGAGAAAUAUCCGGACCGGGUGGAAGAUCGUCGUCGCUGUGGCAAUCCCGUACAAACAAUCAUUUCUCCUCCAAAUCUUGGGUCAAUUUGGUGACUCGGAAGGAGGUGUUUACGGAGCCUACUGACUGCAAGGGCGCUCUGCUAGCUGACGACAUGGGAUUAGGAAAGACAAUUACCUGCGUAUCUCUUAUCGCACUCACCCUACCCGCCGCUCGCACGUUUGCACAGCAACCAUUGCCGCAACUUCCUAGACCUCCGCUUGAGCAGAGGAACUCAGAUUCCGCAGUUUCUGUGUCGCAUUUCGCAGGGAGCGUCUGGGGAAUGCCUGAUGUAUCUGUACAACCAAGCUCACUUUCUGCGAAGAAGAAGGCGCAAGUUCAGAGGGAACAAGACAAAUUCGAGACCCUGUACUCCAGAGCGCGGAGAAUAAAGGUUCGAAGUAGGGCAACGCUAGUUGUUUGCCCUUUAUCCACUGUUGUCAACUGGGAGGAUCAGUUUCGGGAGCAUUGGGCCGGCGAAGUACAAAUUGUGGGCGGUGCAGGAACGGGUUGCAACUCGACUACUUGCUUGGUCCAAACGACGUCAGACAUGACACUCAAUUCCCAGUCUUGCUGUGAUACUGACGGCCGGAUAGAGGGGAAAGGAAAUGUCCGCAAUGGCGAGGAAACGCAAGUGGCCAACGGUCAUAUGCCAGGUUCUGUGGAUAAACCAACUCGAGGUACACCUUUAAGGGUGUAUAUAUAUCAUGGGAAUGCUCGACGUCCUGAUCCUAAUUUUCUUGCGGAUUUCGAUGCGGUUAUCACGACGUAUGCGACACUCGCUUCAGAGUUCUCAAAACAAACAAAAAGUAUUUCUGUUCAAGACGAUGAGGACGACGAAGUAAGCGGAGAAGGUGCCAAUGACGUCUCUGGAGCCGAGUUUGACGAAAGUGGGAAUCAAGUCAUACAGAUUCCAAAAGCCAAAGAAAAGAAGAGCUUGAAGAGGAAGAAACAACAAGCGUUGUUUUCUGGUGUCGUUGAGGCGACAAGUGCUCUUCAGAGUAUCUACUGGUUUAGAGUCGUUCUUGAUGAAGCACACUCGAUCAAGGAAACAUCGACCGUCGCGAGUCGUGCGUCAUGCGAUUUGGAAGCCGAUCGCAGGCUAUGCCUCACUGGAACACCUGUGCAGAACAAGCUCGAUGACGUUUUCGCACUAAUCAAAUUUUUGCGUCUUAACCCUUUUGACGACAAGAAUGUUUGGCAGGAGUUCAUCGGCGUCCCUGUCAAAUUUGGACAGCCGGUUGGAGUUGCACGCCUACAAAUUGUGAUGAAAUCUAUUACUCUUCGAAGGACCAAGGAGACGAAGGCUGAAGAUGGAACGUCAAUCCUGUCUCUUCCACCUCGUCGCGACGAACUUCGUCUUCUCAAGUUCGACGAGCAGGAGCAACGAAUUUACGAUGAAUUCUUUAAGGAGUCAAGGGAUGAAUUCAAGGAACUUUCUCACAAAAAUGAGGUAAUGAAGAAUUACGUCGGAAUUCUUCAAAAGAUUCUGCGUCUUCGUCAAAUAUGCGACCACUACGAGCUGGUCGAGGGUAAGGACCUACAGGAGUCUGUCCAUAAUUUUGAAGAUUUAGUCACAGCCAUCGCAAGAGAUGGUAUUGACAUAGCGCGAGCAAGCGCUGUUUUCAGUAUUAUCCGCGAUGCCGGUACUGCUCAAUGUGUAGAAUGCGGUUGCGAGUUGGGAACGCCUGCAGACAUUGCGCAGGUCGGCUUGGAAGAUGAGUCUGCCUCAGGAAGUAAACGAGGACGAAAAUCGAAAGCAUCAUCCCGCGUACCAACACGACAAAGUAGCCCGGUCAUAUAUCGUCCAAUACUCUCCCGUUGUCAGCAUCUAUUCUGCAUUGCCUGCUUCCAGAACAGUAUCUUUCCAGGCUGGCCAAAUAUUCCAGAUGAUUCUCCCCGAUCAUGUUCGGCAUGCCAGACAGCUUUAAGGCCAACAGACGCUGUGGAGGUCAGUCCUGACUGCUCGAUAGGUGAUUUGUCAGCAAAGAAGAAACCAACGAAAAAGGAGAAACGUCAGAAAGGUGUGGAUCUUGAGAAGUUCCAUCCAUCAACAAAAGUGAAGGCUUUACUCGGGGACUUGAUCACCUUCUCACGUAUGAAUCCGUACUCGCCCAAUUACGAUCCUUCUUCAAUCGAGAUCCAGAUGGUAGACGAGAAAGGCAAUGAUAUCGACGACAACAUCGUCAAGACAGUCGUAUUUUCCCAGUGGACGUCAAUGCUAGACAAAGUUGAAGAUGCUCUGGAAGCAGCUGGAAUUCGUUACGAGCGCCUCGAUGGUACCAUGAGACGGGACGAACGUACCCGAGCUAUGGAUAUCUUGAAAAAUGACCCCGGUUGUGAAGUUUUGCUUGUCAGUCUAAAGGCUGGUGGUGUCGGUCUGAACCUAACCGCCGCUCAGCGCGUAUAUUUAAUGGAUCCAUACUGGAAUCCUGCGGUAGAAAACCAGGCAGUUGAUCGUAUUCAUCGACUCGGACAGAGGAAACCUGUCACAACCGUAAAACUCAUCAUUGAGAACACGAUUGAGGCGCGACUACUGGAAGUACAAAAGAAGAAAACCGAACUCGCGAAUAUGACGCUUGGCACCCAUCUUAGCAAGGCAGAAGUCCAGCAACGACGCAUGGAAGAACUUAAUCAGCUUUUCCACGGCUAACCUGUACCUUGGAACGUAUUAUCUGCGCUGUUUGUCUUCGCCCCGUUACGCCCUGCGCUUAGCAUUAUUUUUAUUCCUCAUGUCUUUGGAGAUUCCCAAUCGCUUCGUCCUUUGUCCAUUGCUGUUGUAGUUUGCUAUUCUCUAAUCAUUACUCUACACGAUUCGCAUACGUUGCAUGCAGAAGCUAUAAUAGUUUGUACUAGAUUAGAUUAAACUUGUGUUUCU